AUAUGUCAAAAACAUAACCUCCUACAAAAUGUUGAUAAAUUUUGUGACUUUUAAUUAAAAAUUAAAUAUAAAGUUUUUUGGAUAUAAAAAUGAAUGAAAAUAAGUCUGACUUUUUAUUUAAAGCAGCUUCGGUACUGUCACGGCCGGUAGAAAAUAAAGUCAACGAUAUUCUCAAAAGUUAUUACUUGAUGCGUUGUUCAGAAUUUGUAUCCAAUUAUGACCCCAGUAGCAGUUUAAGCAAAUUAAGAUGUUCCCAUUGCUGCUUAGAAUGGAAAAGAAAGACAAAGUGUAGAAUUAAAUCUUCUAAACUAAGCAAGAAACAAAAGCAAAGGAUAAAAGCAAGUACUGACCCAAAGAAACAAAGUCUUCUUAAUUGUAAUCAACUGGAAAAGAUAUGUUCAUUUUGUGGACACGUUACUUCAAUAGACAUCCCAAAAUUUAAUAAAAAGGUUAAAAUUAUAAAUCAAAGAGAAGAAAAGAAAGUGGAAAUUCCAGUCCAGCAAGAUAAAAAACUUCCAAUUAAAAAGCAGAAAGAUUUCUCAAAAAAGAAAGAAGCCCCAAAAAAUUCCAUGAAGCCAUUAAAUGUUUACAGUAAUACCUCUGACAUAUUUUCUUUGAAAAAUGAAAAUAAUAAACUCAAAUCAACUGCUAAAACAGAAACAAUUAAAAACAACAAAAAGAAAAAAGAUAAAUUUGCUGGGUUAUGCCAGCGAGCCGUUCUAGCAUCUGCUAAAAUAAAACAAGAGAAGGAUAAAAACAAUAAACUUAAUUUAUUUUUAAAACCAUCUUCAUAAGAAAUAAAUAAAUAUACUUAGCUACUAUAAUGAAAUAUUACUUUUUAUAAGGAUUAAAUGAAUAUCCAUGA